AUGUCUGGUUACGAUAGACACAUUACCAUCUUCUCGGACCAGGGUCGUCUCUACCAAGUCGAGUAUGCGUUCAAAGCCAUCACCGCCGCAAACAUCACCUCGAUAGGUGUUAGGGGGAAGAAUUGUGCCGUUGUGUUGUCCCAGAAGAAAGUUGCCGAUAAACUGAUCGACCCUUCGUCCGUCACGCAUAUCUUCAGGCUCUCUCCUUCGGUCGGCUGUGUGAUGACCGGGUCUAUUGCUGAUGCAAGAGCUUACGUUGACCGUGCUCGUGGUGAGGCUGCCGAGUUCCGAUACAAGUAUGGUUACGAGAUGCCAUGCGACGUUCUUGCCAAGCGUUUAGCCAAUAUCAACCAGGUUUACACACAAAGAGCUUACAUGCGCCCGCUCGGUGUUGCGAUUACCCUGGUCUCUGUCGACUUGGAGAAGGGACCACAACUCUACAAGUGUGACCCUGCCGGUUACUAUGCUGGAUACAAGGCCACUGCCGCGGGCCCGAAACAGCAGGAGGCGCUCAACCACAUGGAGAAGAAGCUGAAGAACAAGGAUUACGCAGAGGGCAGCUGGGAGGAGGUUGUCGAGCUGGGGAUUACGGCAUUGAGCAGUGUGCUGAGCGUGGAUUUCAAGAAGCACGAAUUGGAGAUUGGCAUCGUCGGUGCUCCUCGAGCAGACGGCAAGGAAGGCACAGAUCCAAACUUUCGGGCACUGACAGAGGAGGAGAUUGACGAACGGCUGCAGGCCAUUGCCGAGAAGGACUAA